AUGUCGUCGACUACCCCUCCUACUCCUACCUCACCUUCGACUCAAACCCUGCUCAAGACUGCUGCCGAUCCUCCGUUCAACUCUCCAGACGCCGAUAUCAUCAUCCGUUCUUCGGAUGAUUGGGACUUCCGUGUCCACCGCUCCAUUCUCCGCCUGGGCUCUGUCGCGUUCAAAGAGAUGUUUGCUGCGCAGCCACAGCUAGCCCUCCCUUCUACCGGCACCGACAGCAACAGCACAGACGACUACAAAGACGGUCUACCCAUCGUACGUCUCACAGAAACGUCGAACACUUUACGCAUACUACUCGGGCUGCUUUAUCCCGGGGAUUCACCUGAAAUCGCAGGCCGUGCGAAUACGAUCGCUGUUGUAGAAGCCGUGCACAAAUACAUGGUCGAGAGUUAUCCCAAAACUAUCACAGCGGCGCUCUUAUCCCUUUCUAAGUCAGCACCACAUGCCGUACUCGCGCUUGUCUUUCGUCAUGGUUUGGCCCUCGAUAUUCGGCAGGCGGCAGCACUUUCUACGCUCAAACUCCCGGCAGUCCUCCAACCGAACCGUCUCCCAGAUGCCGAGUUAGAGCUCCUCACUGCCUCCCAAUUCCGCCGAAUCUUAUUAUAUCAUCAACAGUGCACUGUUGCGGCCUCGGCUGCCGUAAAGAGGAUGGAUUGGGUUGGGUUAGAUUGGGCUGAGGUCUCCUGUGGGGUUGAGACUCGAGGGGGAAAUCAGUACUGGGUCAAGCAACCAGAUGACUGCAUUUGCAUUCGCACCCCACGCUUGAUUGGCGCGCGAUCCUCCAACAAGUCAGAGAAUGACACCCGAACGGUUUACCUGGCCCUCUGGGUUAUAGAGUUUAUCGAUUGGUGCGAAAGGAGAAUGACAAUCCUUCCUCAUUGGGAAUUAUUAGCCAACGCACCCAUUCUUUCCACCACCAAAAAGACUCGUGAAUGUGAAUUUUGUGGACCAAAGGCGGAGGGAGAGCUACGAGAGCUGACAGCGUACCUUUUCAAAGAAGUGAAGCAAACGAUCGAUGAGGUCAAAUUACCCGUGUAG